UUCGUUUGCAAGAGCAGACCACACCAUACGAAUCCUCCCAAAGCCAAGGGAACUGAAGAUAUUGCAGAGGGCCUGGACAUAACCCCUCUCAGCUGUCAUUGCUAGCUCUCUAUCGUCGUCCAAACCAAUUAUCUAGUCAACUUCACUGUCUCUAAUACGCCGUGAGACUGCGCGAGUCAAAGGAUACCUCGCAUCCCUCGCAACCAUGAGUUCCAACAGUCAUAUGCAUAAUUUUACUACUCUCAUUAAGCGGCUCGAAGCCGCAACCUCUCGCCUAGAGGAUAUGGCCAGCUCGGUCGAGGGUCCAAGCUCCACCACUCAUCCUAUCCCAGAAGCUAUUCAAACCGCUCCGUCGCAACAAGCACUGCAGAAGGCUCCUCCACCGCCCCCUUCUGCUGAGGUACUCCCAAGAUCGAUUGAAGCAUUCGACGAGCUCAUCAACAAGGAAGUGAAGCCUUUUGUGGACAUCGCUCAGAAGAUUGGAGAUGCGGUUGCGGAACAGUCGAAAGCAGUACUUCAAGCCUUCGAGGCGGAAAGGAAGUAUCUGCUCGUAUCAACAAAAGCUAAAAAGCCCGACCGCCAGCCUCCGGAGCUCCUGACCGAGCUGCAGAGAGCAUCGGAUGAGAUUAAUAAUAUCCGAGACAGCAACAGACCUUCUCCUUUGUUCAACCACCUCAGUGCAGUGUCGGAGGGAGUAAUGUCGAUGGGAUGGUUUUUUGAGAGCCGACCUGCAGAAUUUGUUACCGAGAUAUUGGGUGGCGCUCAAUUUUACGGAAAUAGAGUGCUCACUGAGUAUAAAGAGAAAGAUAAAACCCACAUCUCCUAUAUCCAAGCUUACUACAACAUUUUCAAAUCCCUCAUUGCUUAUAUUAGAGAAUAUUUCCCGAGAGGCGUGACGUGGAAUAACAAAGAUGGUGUUGAUGUUAUUGAUGCCCUAAAACAGGUCUCGUCCGCCGCACCGCCUGCGGGUGGCGCCGCUGCUCCUCCCCCUCCACCAUUGCCUAACCUUGAGCUUUUGGGUGUCCCACCACCUCCGCCUCCUGGUGCUGCUCCAACUCUCAAAACAUCCUCCAACAAUGAUAUGUCUGCAGUUUUUGAACAAUUGAACCAGGGUUCCGCAAUUACUUCAAGUCUACGCAAAGUUGACAAAUCUGAGAUGACGCAUAAGAACCCGAGUCUACGAGCCACCUCUCUAGUUCCUGACCGCGGCUCGCAAUCGCCAACGGCUCGUGGCAAGUCUCCUGCACCAAGCAAGAAACCUAAGCCUGAGAGUAUGCGAGCCAAGAAGCCACCACGAAAGCAUCUCGAUGGCAACAAAUGGUUUAUCGAACAUUACGACAGCCCUGAGGGUGUCAUAGAGAUUUCUGCUCAACUGACUCAAUCCAUUCUUAUCUCUCGUUGCAACAAGACUGUCAUCAAAGUCAGCAACAAGGCCAACGCGAUCUCGAUCGAUAACUGCAACGGGGUUUCCAUCAUUGUCGACUCUCUUGUGAGCAGCUUGGAUGUUAUCAAGUCCCCGAAGUUUGCCCUCCAGAUUGAUGGAGUUGCACCCACCGUAAUGCUGGAUCAGGUAGAUGGUGGAACUAUCUACCUUAGUCAAUCUAGCUUAGGGACGGAAAUAUUAACCAGCAAAUGCACGAGCGUUAAUAUUGUCCUACCACCUAAGGAGGGUAUUGAAGAUGCAGAUGCUAAGGAAUGUCCGGUUCCAGAGCAAAUCCGAAGCUAUGUCAAGGAUGGUGUAUUGGUCAGUGAAAUUGUUGAACAUGCGGGAUAAUGGGUUUCAGUCGACGGCCUAUCAUUCGGCAGGAUGCAUGCCCAUUCCCCCCCACUCCCUCGGGGGACGGGACGGGCGAAAGUCUCUUAUACACAACUGGACAAUUUUGGUAUGGUUCCUGGUGAAAAUGGCUAGGUUUGGCCUGUACUUCCAUCUCAUGCACAUUUUCUGCUGGUUUACAUUGGUGUAUAGAACAAGAAGGGUGCGAACAGCAAAAAAUCUUAGACAGGAUUACAUCUUGUUUCUAGUGUUAACUACUAC